AUGCCGCCACUUAGUCAGUUGUUUCCCAGAAGCUCCGUCUUACCACUGUGCGGCCUGACCUGCAGCUUUGCAGCGGCCUACGUGGUUCGCAGGCUGCGCUUGGACCCGGCGCCCGAGGUCUUGGCUUUAGAGCUUGAGCCCGAAGAGCCGGAGCUGCGUUUGCUGCAGCCUCUGGUUGAAGUCCUGCUGCACCUCAACGUGCGGGACGCCUUCUUUGCCUUGCCUGCAGCCUGCCGGACACUGCACCGGGCGUACGGCCGCGAGGUUCAAGCAGCCGUCAAGCAGGGGAUCCUGUGGCCCUUCUCGGCCGACCAGCCGAGCCUCCAGGCGUUGUACGUGUGGUCCCUGCGCGGCUGGGAGGCAUUCUGCAGCGACACGGCGCCACACCGCGCCCUGGCGCUGCCGUGCUGCCGCAAAGGCCCAGUGAUGUGGGCCUUGCAGCACUGCGGCUGGGAAGACCAUGGAGCCAAAGUGCUGCGCACCAUCUUUGCCUGGAAGGCAAACCCCGACGAAUUGGACGAAAACCGCUGGACCCCACUGAUCUGGGCGGCGCACCGCGGACAAACGGCGGUGUGCAGGCAGCUGCUACGUGCAGGCGCCAAUCCAGACCAUAUCGGCGCGGAGGGCUCCUCCGCGCUGAGCGUGGCCUGUCGCUCUGCUCACCUCCUCACGGUGCAGCUGCUGCUCACGACCGGGGCCUCCCCCUACCUGGUGCCCAUUGGCAACGGCAACUUCGAUCAUCACGUGGGAGAGGAGAUUCUGGAGAUGGUGCGGCAGUACCGCUGCGUCAGCCGCAAGCAGACCUUUGUGAUGUCCUGCCGAUAA